AUGGAGCUACUGCCAAUGAGCGUAAGAGCGUUUUGGUCUUUCCUUUUCCACACGAUCCUUCUCUCUUCCGUGGAAGUACCAUGGUUGUUGGGAUCUGCUGCUAACUUCUCCAACGAAACCGAUCGGCUUGCGUUGCUCGACUUCAAGCAUCUGAUAACCGACGACCCUCACCGUUCCAUGAGUUCGUGGAACCAUACUCUCCACUUCUGUCAAUGGCGAGGAGUCACAUGCGGUCGCCAGCAUCCUGAAAGGGUCACUGCCUUGAACCUAACUGGCCAGAACUUGGUGGGCACCAUAUCUCCCUUCAUAGCAAAUCUCACCUUCCUCAGGAGAAUCCUUCUUGAAGACAACAACUUUCAUGGCGCGAUUCCUCAGGAGAUAGGUCAGUUGUUCCGCUUGCGGUAUAUGAGUCUGGUCAAUAACUCAUUCACUGGAGAAAUUCCAGCAAAUCUGACCCACUGUACACAACUCCAAGUCCUUCGUCUUUCCGGAAAUCGACUCACAAGGAAGAUUCCAACUGAGCUUGGCUCUCUAUUGAAGCUCACGGAAUUAAGUCUUCGUAAGAAUAAUAUUAUAGGAAGCAUCCCACCUUCACUUGGAAACCUUUCGUCUCUCUUUCUUUUUUAUCUCUCAGAAAAUAGUCUGGAGGGCAGUAUACCAGAUGAACUUCAUCGAUUGGUUAACUUAAACUUUCUUCUCUUAAGUGAAAAUGAACUGUCAGGUACGAUUCCACCAAGCCUAUACAAUCUCUCAUCUCUUUAUGUUUUCGACGUGGGAGAGAACAGAUUGCAUGGAAACCUCCCACCUAACUUAGGCCUCACUCUUCCUAAUCUCCAAAACCUUUAUGCCAGAGCAAACCACUUCACAGGACCCAUACCAGUGUCAUUGCCCAAUGCUUCUGGACUCGUACUUAUCGACCUUGAUCGCAAUAGUUUUAGCGGAUCUGUGCCUCUGAAUUUUGGAAGCCUCAAGGGUGUCUCCUUGUUAAGUUUGUGGGGAAAUGAGCUUGGAAUUGGGAAAGCACGUGACUUGGGUUUUCUCGAUUCUUUAACCAAUUGCAGUAGCUUACGAGCGCUAGAUAUAAGCAAAAAUCAUCUCAGUGGUGAGUUGCCAGACUCCAUUGCUAAUCUUUCAACUCAACUGACGAUACUAUCUUUUGGAAGAAACAGGAUAUUUGGAAGCAUCCCAUCUGGAAUUCAGAAUCUUGUCAGCUUAACAGUGUUGGGUAUGGAAGAUAACUUGUUAACAGGUACGAUUCCUGUUGGUGUUGUGAAGCUUAAAAAGGUGGAAUUUCUUUCCUUCGGUAGAAAUGAAUUAUCAGGGCAAAUUCCGUCUUCCUUAGAUAACAUCACCAGAUUAUACUUACUCAGUUUAUCUGGAAACAAUCUAUCGGGGAGCAUACCUUCAACUCUUGGUAAUUGCAAAAACUUGCAAUUCAUGUACCUAGGAAAUAAUAACUUCAACGGUAGCUUACCGAAACAAGUUUUCAGCAUUAUAUCUCUGAUUGAAGUCCAAGCUCAAAACAAUUUUUUAACUGAUAUGCCAUAUGAAGCCGGUGACUUGAAAGCUCUUGGAAGAUUGGAUGUUUCUAAUAAUAAAUUUUCGGGAAAAAUUCCAAGCUGGCUAGGCAAUUGUCUCAGCCUAGAGUAUCUCCGGUUGGAUGGGAACUUCUUUCAAGGAUCAAUUCCUCCAGCAUUUAGUACUCUAAGAGGCCUUCAAUAUCUGGAUCUUUCACGCAACAACUUGUCUGGAAAGAUUCCACAGUACCUGGAGAACCUUUCAGCUUUGAAUUAUCUAAAUCUAUCUUUCAAUAAUUUUGAGGGUGAAUUACCAAAACAAGGGGUCUUCAGAAAUGCCAGUGAAGUUUCAGUGCUCGGAAAUAGUAAGCUUUGUGGGGGCGUUCCAGAAUUACAAUUGCCUCCAUGCCCUAGCCAAGCUUUCAAGAAACGUGGGAUGUCACUUGCUUCAAAAGUGAAAAUCUCAAUAAUUGUCGCUGUCCUGUGUCUUAUUUCAUUAUCAUGUUUCCUUACCAGUCUUUAUUGGGUAAGAAAGUCGAGAAGAAAAUCUUCUGCUGUGCCUUCUGUGGAGGAUCCUUUCAUGAACGUGUCUUAUGCAGAGCUCUUUAAAGCAACAGAUGGGUUCUCUUCUUCAAAUCUGAUUGGCACGGGAAGUUUUGGUUCUGUGUAUAAAGGAAUGCUAGAUCGAGAUGGAACUCUUAUCGCCGUCAAAGUCCUCAACCUUCUGCAACAAGGAGCUCUGGGGAGCUUCAUGGCUGAAUGUGAAGCCUUGAGAAACAUUAAGCAUCGCAAUCUUAUUAAAGUCUUAACUUGUUGCUCGAGCACUGAUUUUAAGGGAAACGACUUCAAGGCUUUAGUUUUUGAGUACAUGCACAAUGGAAGUCUAGAGAAGUGGUUGCACAAAGAUGAGCAUGACCAAUUGAGAAGGAAUUUAAAUUUCAUCGAAAGGCUAAAUAUAGCUAUUGAUGUAGCUCUUGUAUUGGAUUAUCUACAUCACCAUUGCCAGACACCAAUCGUUCAUCGUGAUUUAAAACCGAGUAACAUUCUUCUUGAUAAUGACAUGAUUGCUCAUGUGAGUGACUUUGGGUUAGCGAAGUUCAUAUCUGAAGUUGCUCAAUCCAGCUCGGUUGGCAUAAAGGGAUCUAUUGGCUACAUUGCUCCAGACAGGGGAGGUGUCAUGUUAAAGCUUUUGAGGAUGGGAAGUUGUCAACCAUUUCCAAAUGGUUUUCUAGCCCCACACAUGCUUACUUUGGCAUGUGGAACAGAGUAUGCGAUGGGCGGUAAAGCAUCUACACAAGGAGAUGUUUACAGCUAUGGAAUCCUUAUAUUGGAGAUGAUCACUGGGAAGGGACCAACUGAUGAUAUGUUUACGGACAAUCUAAGCCUUCAUCAUUUUGCUAAGUUGGCUUUGCCUGAACAGCUACUGGAGAUUGUAGAUCCAUUUCUCUUGGAAGAAACCAAAGUUACUCAAGACAGCAGAAAUGAUAUCAAUACAAAAGAUAAAAUGCAGGACUGCUUGAUUUCAAUGGCCAAAAUCGGUGUGUUGUGUUCUGCAGAAUCUCCAAGAGAACGAAUGGGGAUGAAAGAUGUUGUCAAUAAAAUGCACGCAAUCAAGGACUUAUAUCUCGGGGCCAGGAUUCACCGAGACAUACAAGUUAGGUCGGGGUUGUCAGGUGAAGGUCCUUCUUAUCUCAGUCAUUACUGAGAUGUUAUUGGUAGUUAUAUUAAGAAAAACUUCAAAAUAAAAAGUGUUCGUUUGAUACUUUUUUUAACAAGCUCUAGAUCUUUCUUCUUUUUUUUUUUUAGACUCUUGGCCUAGGAGUGCGCUUGUAUUGAUGGUGAAUAUAUGACUAUGCUUUUCUUUUUCUUUGUUUUAUUUCAUGUUCAGCUAACAUGAAUGUACCAAGUCAAAGACAUCAUCUUAUUACAAUAAAAAUACUAUUGGGUCAUUGAGA